CUUAAACAGUACAAUAAAGUGUACAGCAUGCAGGAAUACCAUGAGAAGCUCCAGAUAUUCACAGAGAACAAGAGGAGGAUUGACAAACACAAUGAAGGAAAUCAAACAUUCACAAUGGGACUGAACCAGUUCGCAGACAUGACAUUUGGGGAAUUUCGAAAGUAUUUCCUCUUGUCAGAGCCACAGAACUGCUCUGCCACCAAGGGGAACCAUUUCAGCAGCAAAGGACCACCUCCAGACUCCAUCGACUGGAGAAAGAAAGGGAACUACGUGACAGAUGUGAAGAACCAGUCAGAACAACAGCUGAUUGACUGUGCCCAGGACUUCAACAACCAUGGAUGUGAUGGCAGCCUUCCUAGUCAAGCAUUUGAAUACAUCAUGUACAACAAGGGACUGAUGACAGAGGAGGACUACCCAUACAAAGCUAUUGAACUUACUUGUGUGUACAAGCCAGAGCUAGCAGCUGCUUUUGUGAAAGAUGUUGUGAACAUAACCCAGUAUGAUGAGAAAGGAAUGGUAGAUGCGGUUGCUACGCUCAAUCCUGUCAGCUUUGCCUUUGAGGUGACCUCCGACUUCAUGCAUUACUCUGGGGGAGUGUAUACCAGCACUGAAUGUCACCAAACCCCAGACAUGGUGAAUCAUGCUGUGUUAGCAGUAGGGUACGGACAGCAGGCCGGCACCCCUAACUGGAUAGUAAAGAACUCAUGGGGAUCCCGCUGGGGGAUUGACGGAUAUUUCCUAAUUGAGCGUGAAAUGAACAUGUGUGCACUUGCUGCCAUCUUUCCCAGUGGUGUGAUUCCUGCAUGA